AUGGAUGUUGUUUUCCAUGACGUUUUCCCCGCAGAACUCACCGUCACUGGCGACAUGUACAGUUGCAGCUUCAACCACCCCACCAUCGACAACCACCACAAUAACAACAUCAACGGCUUAGAUUCCAUCAUCCGCGCCGCUGAUUGCUUCGACACCAACCAGCUCCAACCGGAAAGCCCCUUCAGUGAGCAGCGUUUCACUACAAAGACGCGCUUCAGUCCUUUUCUCCGAUACCUUAACUGUGUUACUUUGGAGUUGGAGAUCGAUAAAUUCUUACCUGUCAAUGAAGGAAUCAUGAGUGUUAAUGAUGCUAAUGCUACUCGAGUUGCCAUUUUCAGAGACAGGGAAAAAAAUCGAAGUGAUCCAGAUUAUGACCAUAGCUAUGGAAGUAACGAUUUAAAAGGUCUGAAAAAUGAUAGCAGUCUUGCAUAUAGGAUUCAUGAACAUAUAAAAUUGGGUCCUAAACUGUCUGAGACUCUGAAAGGUAAGUUGAGUUUGGGUGCUAGGAUUAUACAAGAAGGAGGGAGAGAAAACAUUUUCAAGCAUGUUUUUGGGAUGCAAGAAGAAGAGAAACUCUUGAAGGCCUCUCAAUGUUAUUUAUAUACCACAGCUGGUCCUAUUGCUGGAAUUCUCUUUAUCUCCACUAAAGAAGCUGCAUUUUGCAGUGAAAUGCCCACAUCGUUCUGUUCUGAAGCUGGAGAGAUAGUUAAAGCACCUUACAAGGUUUUGAUACCAAUUGAGAAGAUAAAAGAGGUGAAUGAAAGCAUGAAUGUGAACAAGUUAGAACAGAAGUACAUAGAAAUAGUGACUAAGGAUGGCUCUGAAUUUUGGUUUAUGGGGUUUUUACGGAAUGAGAAGGCUCCCAGGAAUCUCAAGAGAGCUGUUUCCAUGGGAAAUUGUUGUAAAUAG